ACUUCUAUGUUUCCGAGCUCAAUAAGUCUCCAGCUAAUCGCAGCAGUUCUUCGUCAAGCAGACGAGCUUCCUCGACACUUCGAGCGAUCAAAACUUCUGAUUAAAAAUAUACAGAUUGAUGAUUUAGGCGGAGAUCCAUUCGCCGAUCCAAUGUGGAUUCCGACCUUGGAUAUUUGUAAAUUAGAUUGUGACAAGGCAACUGAGUAUUGCGUAGAAAAUGAAGAACUCAAGCAACAAUGUAAAAAGAUGCCCGAAGAAUGCAUACAAUUGUUGCAUGAGAAGCAGAUGGUCGACAAAUUCUUCGACGACUAA